GUAAAAUAGUAGGACAGUCCUCAACAAAGAUAAUAAUAAUUGUAUUCGAAUUUUAAUGCCCUGACGGAAGUGUCUAAAAAUAACUCAGUUACAAAUAAUGAAUCGUAAUUGUUAAACGCUAAUUGUGGUGUAAAGUGCAUUGGUGGUGAUGAAGAUUGGAUUGGUGAGAAAAAAAUGCCGCCCAUCCAGCUGUCAAACACUAUAACUAUAGCUUACCAUAACCUUGAUCGCAUAUGAUUCUUCCAAUUUGUUUACCAAGAUCCAAUAGUUAUGAAUGAAUCAACUUUGGUUGGUAAAUAAGCACUGAAAAGUUCAGCAUUUGCAUUAUUUAUUCAUGAGGAUAAUUGUCCUGGGGAUAUUGUGAGAUGCUAUAAAUUAGAAGGAAGAAGUGGCAUAGGUGGAGGAGCAAGAGUAUGUGUUGACCUAGAAAAGGUGGUUGAUGACAAUUGGACAACAUUUUCUAAAUAGAGAAAUAUUGUUGAAACUAUUAAUUGGAGAAUGAAUGUUGAGGCGAAUCGUUUGAGGACUUUCAACAAGUGGCCUCAGGACGCGGCAGUUAACGCCUCGAGAAUAGCAAAAGGUGGUUUUUAUUAUACAGGACAAUUACUGGAAGUUCAAUGCUUUAUCUGUGGUAUUCGGGUAUCCGACUGGAAUUACGGAGAUCAAGUGAUGGUGCGACAUAGAGAGGCAGAGCCCAAUUGUCCGUUUGUCAGGGAUCCAGCUAGUACUUGUAAUGUUCCAAUUGUUGAGUCCCUUGAGAGCAUCACUUCACAGCCAACUUCGUCCUCACAGUUACCACAGGAGAAUGCACAUGGUAAUGCUGAUCAAGCAUCUAGGGCCCCAACAAUUGUACAGAGUGAAAAUGCCAGAAUUGAGUAUGGGAGCUUUGCACGACGACUUGACUCUUUUCAAAAUUGGCCAACUACUGCUGCUGUUACACCUGAACAACUUGCCAGAGCUGGCUUUUAUUAUCUUCAGUCCGAAGAUAUGGUUGAGUGUGCUUUCUGCAGGGGAAUCAUGAGAAUGUGGGAACCUGGAGAUGAUCCCGAUGUUGAGCAUCGGAUUGGCUUUCCUCAUUGUAAUUUUUAUGUUCAUCAAGAGUCAAAUUCAGGACUGUCAACGGAAAAAGAAGAAUUAGGAAAUGUCAAAUUAUUGUCAGCUUCGGCUGCAGAUUUACAUAGAUUAGGAAUUCAGAAACAUACUGCCCCUAGACAACCUAAACAUGCGACGUAUGAGGGAAGAUUACGAACAUUCCAAGGCUGGCCGGAAAAUCUUCGACAGACUCCGGAGAUGCUAGCCACUGCGGGCUUCUAUUAUGUUUCUUCAGGAGACCAAGUGAGGUGUUUCCAUUGUGAUGGGGGUCUUCACAAUUGGGAAGCUGACGAUGAUCCGUGGACAGAACAUGCUCGCUGGUUCCCAAAAUGCGGAUAUGUAGCGAUGGUUCGUGGCCAGGAAUUUAUUCGGCAUUGCGUUGAUAAUCGACCGCCCCUAGAUCCUCUGAUAUUUCUUGGAGUACCCGAAGAUGGUGAUGAAGAUGUAACAGGUACAUCGAUGGAUGCAACGCGAUCCUCGGCAUCACCAUCAACCUCACCCAGAAGCAGACCAAUUUCAGAUUCCGAGGUGGAAGAGUUAUUACACUCAACUCCAGCAAUAACAGCCCUUCAAAUCGGGUUGAAUGUUGGACGGGUGAAAAGAGCGUUAAGGGAACGAAUGGAGUCAACGGGUGAACCGUAUACGAAUGCCGAUCAGCUUAUUGAACAUGUUCGUCAUAUUCAUUUGACUGAAGAGAGUAAUGGACUUGACAAUAACGUGGAGUCGUCGUCGUCGUCCUCCCCCGAGCUAGCAGCACUGCUGAGUCAAGUAAUAAGUGUACAGUCGUCAUCAGAAUCAGCACGAACAAAUGGCAGACAAAACGAUGUGAAAUGUCGAGAGAAUCCUGAUCACAAUUCUCCGGAGCACUCGGAUGACCAUGGAAAAAGAGUCGAGAGAAAAGUUGAAAACGGAUAUGGUGAUGAGCCAUUAUCUCUGGAGGAGGAAAAUCGAAGAUUAAAGGAGGCACGUUUGUGCAAAAUCUGUAUGGAUCGAGAAGUAUCAGUUGUCUUUCUACCCUGUGGUCAUUUAGCCACGUGCGUUCAUUGCGCCCCAUCGCUUGCCGAUUGUCCCAUGUGUCGACAAGAGAUUCGCGCCACUGUCCGUACAUUUCUCGCUUAGGGUAUCUCGUUACUUUCCUCUUAAUGACCAAGCGAUAUUAUGAUAUUCAUUUUUAGCGUAAAUUCCAGACAGAAAGUAUGACAGAAAAUAUGUUGAUCAAGUUAAUUUAAUAACUUAUUUAAUUGGAGAUAGUUAUUGUAGAGUACCAAAGAACCGUAAUUUAUUCAAUAGUGAAAUCAUUAUAUUCCAUUAAUGAAGUUCAAUAAUUGAGUGGGAUAUAAAAAUUAUAAUACCCAAUGUUAUCACUGAUACGAAAAUUGAUACUUCCAUCAGGAGUAAAAAUUAUUUUGAUUGAGCAAUAACAAGUCAUAUUUUUUCAACUUCUCUGAUUUACAACUUCCAGGCUUGUUAAAUAAUUCCAUUCUAUUAUUGACAACUUCAUCUGCUGUUACCUGAAUUAACUUUCUCAAUUGAAUUAUCGCUGAUAUAUUUAUAAUUUCAAAUGAUUUUUGAGAGAUAUAAGAUCGGAAUUUAGCACGGUAACCAACCGAGCCUUGGCAACCAUCAGUUUGUUUUCGGCUGAAACUCCUUCAGAAAAUUUAGGAGAAAAAAGUAGGAUCAAACAAAACGAUAUAAAUAGUUGUAUAUAUAUAUAAUUGUUCAAUGUUGACUCAGUUUGAUGCUAAAAUACAAAAAAUCCAUUUAGAUUGGAAAUGCAGUAAUAAUUUUAUUCAUGAUUCACCCGAAUUUUUUUUCCAAAAUAUAGCCAAUACCAUUGGCUAAAUUACUAGAUAGAUAAUAGUACUCGGGAUAUUAUGUAUGUAUCAACCAUCAAAAUGAUUGCAUAAUUUUAAGCAACGACGACGUAUUAUACCAGGAAGGGAAG